CCGUCUAUUUCCCCUCUAUCCAUCCCCGCAUCACACCACCCCAUACAAUGUCCUCGACCUCGACUAACGAUCUUAUCAGCACAUGGAGGCUCAGAGCCCGGAUUUAUCACGAUUCCACUCAUCAUGAAUUUAUUGAAACCGGCAACUGGAAAAGUCUAUUUCGAAGGAAGAGGGAGGAACAUUUGGUACGGAAAAAGUAUCUGGGGCGCGGUACUUUCGGGCAAGUUUGGUUAGAGACCUGUUCCAUCGGUGGAGGGGGACAAGCCAAGUUUCGUGCAGUGAAAAUAGUGUCAAAGGUCGCCCUAUCAGCUGACGGCAUGGAUUACACACGCGAGCUUGAAGCAAUGAUCCGGUUGUCGCAGUCUAAAUAUGACGCCUUCUUUGUGAAGUUUUUGGGUUGGUUCGAAGAUCCGAGCUCGAUUUAUAUCACUAUGGAGUACCUUGAAAACGGAGAUCUGGAGAAGCACUUAUCCAAGCAAGCUUUACCGGAAGUUGAGACACGGCAAAUAGUCUUUCAGGUGCUUAAAGGGCUGGAGUUUUUACACGAGAGUGGAUUCGCCCACCGCGACUUAAAGCCCGAGAACAUUUUUGUCGUUCAGGGAGCUCCCGACUGGUACGUCAAAAUCGGCGACUUCGGUAUCAGCAAGCGGGUGGUGGACGAAAAUACCCAAUAUCGCACGAUGGGUGUUGGUACGCCCGGGUACUGGGCCCCAGAGGUACUAGGAGAAGUGAUUAGCAUGCACAAAGACAGGGCCGGCAAUAUGCAGUAUACACGUCUCGUCGACAUAUGGUCUCUCGGUGUCAUAACCUUUUAUAUUUUGACGGGAUCUUUACCAUUCGAGAAACUGGCAGAGCUCGUGGCUUUCGUCCAUGGAGGUCCAUUUCCAGACUCAAAACUGGUAAAUGCAAGGUUAAGUGAGAGCAGCAAAGAUUUUAUCCGCUCCUUAAUCGUCGUCGAACCUGCCCAGCGUCUCAACGCCAGCCUCGCUUUAGGGCACUCGUGGUGGGAUUCCAUGCAUCUGACUCAUAAGCCAGGCCUCUUUGAAAAUUCAUCUCUCCGCGGUCCUGAGGAUGCAUCGAAAUCACCAAUCGCAGAUCUAGCAGCACCACAGCUGGACUCUACGCCUACCACGGCGGAUUCUAUCAGCUCAUUACAUUCAAGUUUCGUGCAAAUAGAUAAACUG